CAGAAAUAAUUUCCAUAAGAAAGAGACCACUUUUAGCCUUUUUAUUUAACCUGCAAAAACCAAUUGGCCUCUCUCACAAGCCCAUCUUCGCCAUGUCUGCCAGAGCAACUUCUUACAGCUUACCAAGUUUUCUUCAACUUAUGUACAGAUACAGAGCUUUUUGUUCUAGAAAUUGUGCUCUUGGAUAUGUUGAAGAUAAGAAGAUUUGUUCAAAUGGGCAUCAUGCAAUGCAUCAUAGAGGAUUGCAGAUUAUGAUCUCUCCUGCUUUUGGUGGUGGAACAAGAAGAAAUCUUCAUACCCACAUGGUGAAGGUAAAGGAUGAUAUGGUUAGCCCACCACCAGUACCGCCAGCACCCAAUCAUCGGAGGAUUAACUUCCUUAAAUGGGCAAAAUGGGUGUUGGGCUCUUUAUUAUCAUUCAUACUACCAUUCUGGAAGCUAAAAUGGGAGAAACCGAAGACGAUACAAGAAGAGGUAGAGAUUAUUGAGGAAGAGACUGAAACUGCAGCAACUGUAGUACAAAAGGUUGCAACAGUGGCAGAAAACGUAUCAGCUGAGAUGGCAGAAAAACUUCCUGAAAAUGGAAAACUAAAAGAAACUGCCAUGUUAAUAGAGAAGGUUUCAAAAGCAACAGCUCAUGAUGCUCAGCUAACCGGAGAAUUCAUUCACAAGGUGGAUGAGUUGAAGCAUGACGUUGAGGACUUGGAAACAAUGGCUGAACCUGUAAUUGAAAAGCUUCCGCAACAAAAAUCAGAAGGGAAGUAAAUUAAAAUUCAGAAAAUUUACUUUUGAAUGUACAUGCAUAGUGUGGCAUAGGUCUUGAAUUGGGAGAAGUGUGGCAUAGGUCGCCUUCUAACUCUAAUAAAAAAAAAUAAUGGGAGAAGUAAAUCGAUGUGCGUGCAUAGUGUGGCAUAGGGGUCUUGAAUUGGAUUUUUUCGGGGCAUGUCGCAUUGGCUGGCCCUUCGAGAUCUCUCAUCAGUGGUGGAUGAACGUGUAUAUAGAUGAGUGUGUAGACUAAUAAUAAGUGUGUGUAGAUUUAUAUAUUAUUAAAGAAUUUUAUCAAAAUUAUCAUGAUUUUCUCUUGAA